GCUGCCACCCCGGGAACAGCAGGUCCUGGCAGCCAGUGACAGCCAGCCUGGAUGGCCAGGGACACGGGGAUGGCCGGAAAGGUGGCACUGCUGCUGUGGGCCCAGGGUGACCAAGGUGUCCCUGUCCUCAAGACCUCCGUGCUACACCAGUGUUCCACUGGGGACAGUCUGGGGACAAACACCACACCGCAUCCCCCGGGUGCUGCUGUCCCUGCAGGGCCACCCCCAUCCAGCCCUGUCCCUUCUCCCUUCCAGCCCAGACCCUCGGCCUCUCUGGUGAGUCCUCGGUGGAUGCCGUGUCCCUGUCCUGCUGUUCCCAGCCCCGUAGUGGCCCUGGCAGGCUGGUGUCCCAUGUCACCCGCAGGUGCCCAGACCACCCAGCUCCUGGUGGAGCCCCCCUGGACACCAGCAGUGCUGUGGGACCGGGUGACACUGACCUGCCAGGGCUCGCGGACCGCCAGUGCCACGACCUGGUACAGGGACGGGCAGCGAUGGUGGCAGGAGGCUUCCAACCACCUCAUUGUCACCGAGAGUGGCAACUACACCUGUGACAGACCUGGCAGUGGGCUCAGCCCCGCCGUGAGAGUCUUAAAUGGUCUCUUGGUGCUGCAGGUGCCAGCACGGCCAUGGCUUGAGGGGGACACGGUGACACUUCGCUGCCGGGGCUGGAGGGACGAGUCGGUCACCGGGGUGCAAUUCUACCAUGGGGACGAGGAGGUGAGGGGGACCCUCAGCGGGACCGAGCUUUCCCUGUCCCCUCUGCAGCUGCACCACAGCGGCCACUACCGCUGCAAGGGCCGGGGGAUCUCCGGGGCAUCACGGGGGUGGCAGGAGUCGGUGCCGGUGACAGUGACAGUGCAUGAGCUCUUCUCGGUGCCGGUGCUGGAGGGUCCCCCUGAAGUCACCGACGGGUCCACCCUGAUUCUCAGCUGCCGCAGCACCCCCAGCCUCCUGCGGCCCCGAGCCCCCCUCCUGCACCUCUUCUACCGGGAUGGGCAGUUGGUGAGGGGCCCGCAGUGGUCCCCGCUGAUCCUGGUGCCCACCGUGGGGGUCUCCCACUCAGGGAAUUACAGCUGCCAGGUGCGCUCUGAGAGGGGGACCGUGCAGAAGAGCAGCGCCCGGCUCGGCGUCACGGUGCGCAUGCCCGUGGCCAAUGCCACCAUCACCCCUGGUCCCCUGUCACACCAGGUGCGCACAGGUGACCCCGUGACCCUGCGCUGCUCGGUCCAGGUGGGCUCAGCCCCUGUCACCUUCACCUGGCUGCACAAUGGGCAGGAGGUGGCCCGGGGUCCCAGCCUGGAGCUUGGAUUUGUUACUAUGGGACAUUCGGGCACCUACCAGUGCGUGGCCACCAACCAGCUGGGACAGGAUGGGCACCGCGUGUUCCAGGCACUCAGCCCUGAGCUUGCCCUGGAGGUGACACCACAAGGACACUGGAACACAGCAGUGGCCACUGGGGUUGGCGGGUCCCUCCUCUUCCUGGUCCUGCUCGUGGGUGGAGUUGUUGGCUGGCGCCGGUGGAACCACAUGGCUGCCAGGAAUCACCAGGAAAGGGCACCCUCAGAUUCCUUGACCCCCCCCAGAGAUGAUCCUCAGGCGACCUACAUGGAGCUGAAAGGGCCACACAGGCAACCGUGGGAACCCAGUGACAUCUAUGACCAUCUACAACAGAAGCUGUGACACCCUGGGAAGCAGGAGGCACUGGGCAGCACUGGGGCUGCUCCCACCAUGGCCCCAGUGGUUGCCCAUCCUUCCAAGGGAGGUGGUGAUGAGUCAGGGCACCCUGUGCUCCCCAUUUCCUCUCCCAGUACUCCCAGGGGCCCCCCAACCCCCAUCCCAGUGCUCCGAGUGCCCUCAGUGACCUCCCCAUCCUCUCCCCACAGUGCUCGCAGCACACCCAGGGGUUCCGCAUUCCCCCUCCCACUCCCCCUGUCCCAUCCCACUGUAAAAGGAGCAGUCGGGGAGGAUCCUUUCUGAUCAAUUUCUCAAAUGAAAAUGAAACAAAAACGGGGCAAUAUUAUAUCUGAGAACUGUUUAUUGAUAAAGGAGGGUAAGUGUUCUUACCGAAGGGGGAUUAGAAGAGAGAGUAGAGAGGGAAAAAGAGAGACAGAGAGAGAAAGAGAAGACAGGGACAGCGUUACCACAAGAACCCUGGGUACUCUGUUGGCAUUACUUCAGCAGAUGGAGUGUGUGUGUGGUGAGCCCUCAUGGCUUUUGUGAGUGGCUGGGUGUGAUUUCCAAGUGGCAGCACCUCUGUGUUUCUGGCAUUGGUGAGCGAUGGCUGCGAGCUGGCUGUGGGCUGGUGCUGCGGUACUGGGGCUAUGGGGAAGCAGUGGAGCACCAGGCUGGGGGAACUGGAGCACCAGGCUGGGGAAGCAGUGGAGCACCAGGCUAGGGAAGUGCUGGAGCACCAGGCAGGGAAAUUGGAGCACCAGGCUGGGGAAGCAGCAGAGCACCAGGCUGAGGAAGUGCUGGAGCACCAGGCAGGGAAAUUUGAGCACCAGGCUGGGGAAGCAGUGGAGCACCAGGUGGUCACAGGAACGAGCUGCCUCCCAGAAGCAGCAAAGCAGGGAAGAACGGGUGAGGACAGGGAAGAAGGAGACAGGGAGGAAAAGUAGAUGGGGGGAUGAGAGCCAAGCUGACCGUCUGAGCGAGCCCCUGAUCCCUCCAAGAAGCCCAAAGCAAAAUGGCUCCUGUUGUGUCACAGGUAACUGCUUUUAUUUGCUACGGUUCCUCCCAUAGCGUGAUUUCCUGGGCACCUUUUCCUAGGCAUUUUUCCCUGACAUUUUUCCUGCCCGUCCAGGCAUUUGUCCCACCAACCAGUGGAGGGUUGCUCACAGCCCACUCAUGGAAGUUUCUCUCCCCUGAUCGGCUGUUUAGUGAAGCCUCCCUGGGACAGGGUUCCCAGCAUAUGUACAGCCCCUGGAGUAAUUUUUCACCUCAUGCCUAGCUCAUGUUUAGACAUAAAUAAAAAUCAGAUUGGUUCCUCUCAAUCCCCAUGCUCCCAGUGGUUCUGCAAUCGCCCUCCCAGUGCUCCCAGUACACCAGGUGGCUUAGUGUUUCCCAUCCCAGUUCCAAGGGGGCACAGGAUCUGGUUUCCUGCUCCCAGGACAAAAAUGCAGCUUUUGGGUUAAACUGGCAGAAAUGGUGAUUCUUUGUUCAGCUCUUCAGGCUUUAGGAACAGAAUUCUCCAGUUUGGGGCUGCUAAUAUGUUUUGAUUUGAAAGAGAGGUGUCUGCCAAGGAAGGCAGGAACCUCCCUUGGAAUGGAAAAUAUAAACCCUUUUCCCUCAUACUUAUUAGAACUUUGAAAUUAAGGGUUUUGCAGGCAAAGAUAUGGGAGCAGGAAUAACAGUUCUUUACUAGAAUGUAUUACGAGAAACAAGCUAAUGGAAGUUGACUUGCUGGCUAUUAUAUGAAUUGAUAUUACAUUAUUGAUUAUAUUGUUGAAUAAAUAUUGUGAUUAGUGUUGGGAUAGUGAGAUGUCUUGUGGAGUGGUUGAUGUUCUUGCGGUGGCCCGGUUGCAAGGUUGAUUUUAAUGGGGAUGGUUUUGUGUGUUGCGGUGUGGGUUUUGUGGGUUUACAUUGCAUGGACCAUUGCUGGCCAAGCCUUUAGGGCAUGACCUUAAGAGGAGCGGAACUUCAUCCAGUGAUGGCCCUGAGGACCACGGUGAUGAAACUGCGUUGGCGCUGAGGAGAGUGACAGGGGCUGAGACUGUGUAAAAUCAAAAUGAACAUGCAUCAAACUGAUGCAACACCAGGGGUAUGAAAGGUGAAGACACCAUUUGGCGGACAAGCCU